CAUUGGCUGCAAGAUUUCAUAAGAGAGAGAGGCAGAGAGAGAGAGGAGCAGCAUGCUGUGGAGAAGCAGGUGUGAUUCAUGAAUAAACUGCUCUUUGGCACCCUGUAGGAUACUGAUGAAACAAAUAGAAUUUCCCCAGACAUGGAUAAUACAAGAACAGCAGACACUUUUUCACAGUUAAGCCAGGAAAAAAUCCUCAAAAUCAUGAACAUGGUGAAGAAUAAAGAAGUGAGCAUUGAAGGAGCUCUGCAUCUGGCACAGAAGGAGGUGUACGCUGGGAAGGAUGCCCAGGAUUUGUUAACUGGCUCCCAAUUUAACUUCAUUAUCUACAAAUACAAACACUACCGGUGGCAGAAACGGAUCCUGCAGCUUGAUUUCAGCACCAGGACCAUUUUCAACAUCGAGAAGGGCACGAUCAGGAAGCAGUUCCCCUUCUCCCAAGUGAAAGGCUGCGAGGACUCGGAGAGGAGGCGUUUCAGCAUCCUGUUCCACGGGAGGCAGCACUACGAGCUGGAGGCUGUGUCCCUGGAUGACAAAAGGAAGAUAAUCUACCUGCUGAGCAGAGUUAUUCAGAGCAAUUCUUGCAAGAGACCAGCAGAGUCCUGCCCUGGGAGAGCUGCAGAAUGUGAUGUGAUCCACGAAGGGCUGCUGGACCUGCAGCAGAACACCUUAACCUCCUCUGAAUGGGUGAAGUGCCUGGCAGAGCUGCGGGAAGGAGAACUGGCCUUGUACUGCCUGGGGCUGGGGGGCAGGAGCCCUGCAGCCACAAUUCCCCUGGCAGCUGUGAGCCUGGGGGAGGGCAGGGACACUGCCUGCAGCACCUUCUCCCUGCACACCAGAGACCACCACUACCUGUGA